AACAUCGUCUUGUCUAGAAUUUUCUAAAUCAGAGGACGAACGAAAGAGAGAAAAAUCGCAAACAUCGUCAAUUUUAUGGAGCUUCGUUUAUCGACCAAGUCGCAAGGACAUAAGAGAUUUAGAGUCAAAGAGGCGAAAAGUUUAACUCUUUCUCUGUGAGAUAGAUAGAUAGAUUCUCCACUCAACAAAAAAAAAGAUUCAAGCUUUUGGAAAAAAGAACCACAUCCCAAGAAGACGCAGCUGUGUAGCUUCUUCUCUUCACCUUGGUAUAUUAAUUUGAUCUUCCUUUUCUUCUUUAACCUUGAUCUCAUUGUUGCGCCAAUCAGUGUUUCAACAUGGGCUACUAUAACAAUGUUUUUGAUGGAUGCAAUGACCAAACUGAUAUCGGUGCUGUUAUGCGUGAUGGAAGGGAAGUCAUUCUCCAGGCCUAUAACUGGGAGUCCCAUAAACAUGACUGGUACAGAAACUUGGACGCAAAAGUUACAGACAUCUCAAAAUCAGGCUUCACUUCUGCAUGGCUACCACCACCAUCUCAGUCCCUUGCACCAGAAGGUUACCUUCCACAGGACCUUUAUUCACUAAACUCAGCAUACGGCUCCGAGCACCUGUUGAAAUCCUUGCUUCGUAAGAUGAAACAGUACAAAGUUAGAGCUAUGGCUGAUAUUGUCAUCAACCAUCGUGUUGGUACUACCAGAGGACAUGGUGGAAUGUAUAACCGCUACGAUGGGAUCUCACUGCCUUGGAAUGAACACGCUGUUACUUCAUGCACAGGAGGACUGGGGAACCGAAGCACAGGAGAAAACUUCAAUGGAGUUCCAAAUGUUGAUCACACUCAACACUUUGUUAGGAAAGAUAUAACCGGUUGGCUUCGUUGGUUGCGCAACACCGUUGGAUUUCAGGACUUCCGUUUUGACUUUGCUAGAGGAUAUUCAGCACAGUAUGUGAAGGAAUACAUAGGAGCAGCCAAACCCUUGUUCUCAGUUGGAGAAUGUUGGGAUUCUUGCAACUACAAUGGUCAUGGCCUCGACUAUAACCAAGAUAGUCAUAGGCAGCGUAUAAUCAAUUGGAUAGAUGCCACGGGACAGCUUUCAGCUGCAUUUGACUUCACUACUAAAGGGAUUCUACAGGAAGCUGUAAAGGGUCAGUAUUGGCGUUUAUGUGAUGCACAAGGUAAGCCACCGGGAGUAAUGGGAUGGUGGCCUUCAAGAGCUGUCACGUUCCUUGAUAACCAUGACACUGGUUCUACUCAGGCUCACUGGCCUUUCCCUUCACACCAUAUCAUGGAGGGCUAUGCAUAUAUACUUACUCAUCCUGGCAUCCCAUGUGUGUUCUAUGAUCACUUCUACGAUUGGGGAAGCUCGAUUCAUGACCAGAUUGUCAAACUGAUUGACGUUAGGAGGCGACAAGAUAUUCAUAGUAGGUCAAAGAUCCGUGUUUUGGAAGCAAAGUCUAAUCUAUACGCAGCCAUUGUUGGUGAGAAACUGUGCAUGAAGCUUGGAGAUGCCUCUUGGUGUCCUUCUGGUAGAGAGUGGACUCUAGCAACAAGUGGCCAUCGCUAUGCCGUCUGGCACAAGUAAUCUUUUGGUGUAUCUACAAAGUUCAAACCUCGGAGGUUGUGGCUUUCAGAGUCCAUAUAAAUAAUUCACUUUAUUAUCCUGGAUUUAACUAUAAAUAAUGUUCCACCACUUACGUCUUCUUGUCACAAGGUUCAAUUUUAUAAAGUAAGCACUAUUUGUGGGUUGA